GUCGAGUACAAAAUGGUCCGGUUCAGGCGACCGACCAUUCGAGCAAUUCUGGCGGAAGCGGCUCCGCGCACACAGCGAGCCCAUCCGCAAAGCUCUGCGCAGCAUGCUGAUGAUGCAUGAUGAUGUCAAUGUGGCAGCAAUACGGACCUUCAGAGAAGACGGUUCGUGGAAUUGUGAUUGGAGGAAUCACUGGUGGUAUUGAGAUUUGUAUUACAUUCCCAACGGAAUAUGUCAAGACACAACUUCAACUUGAUGAACGGUCUGCUACUCCAAAAUUCAGAGGACCAAUUGAUUGUGUAAAACAAACAGUGAAUGGACAUGGAUUCUUUGGUCUUUACAGAGGAUUAUCUGUUCUUCUCUACGGAUCUAUUCCAAAAUCUUCAUUCAGAUUCGGAACAUUCGAAUAUCUCAAAUCUCAAGCAGCAGAUGAACGAGGAAAUCUAUCUCCAGUAAUGCGACUUCUUUGUGGAUUGGGAGCUGGUUAUCAUUGUUGUUAUCAUUGUUGAAUCGAUUAUCAUUGUUGUUUUUUUUUGUUGUCGGCUAAUAAAAUCCUGUAAAAUUG